AUGGCCAUCCACCGCAGCAAUCUCUCUUGCUACUUCAAGAUCUCAAGGAUCUGGCACCAAUCGAAGCAAUAUCGCGCCAAAUCCUUCGCCUCCUCAUCUCCAACGAGUGAGACUACGCACCUCAAGGUCCUCACCGGGCUCCUGCGCGACACAUGUUCGCUGAAAUGCCUCAGAGAGCUCCACGCGCGUCUUGCCGUCGCGGGUGCGAUCCAGGACAGAUUCGUCGUCACAGGCCUUGUCGAAAGAUAUGUUUCUUUUGGGAAGCCCGCGUCUGCGGCGUUGCUGUUUGCCGAAGCCUACCGCGGCCGCCCCGCUGUGUACUCACUGAAUCUCGCGGUCCGGUGCUUCUCGGACCAUGGCUUCCACCGGGAGCUUCUUGAUCUUUACCGGGAGCUAUGUGGCUUUGGCUCGGAUAAUUUCACCUUCCCUCCGGUCAUCAGGGCGUGCACGGCUGCCUCCUGCCUACGGCUGGGGAGGGAGGUGCACUGCAGGGUUCUGCGUACAGUGCAUGGGAGUAAUGUCGGCGUGCAGACUGCGCUCCUUGACAUGUAUGCUAAGGCUGGACAGAUUGAUGUGUCAAGGAGAGUCUUUGACUGCAUGGUGCUGAGGGACUUGAUUUCUUGGAAUGCUAUGGUCUCAGGGUACUCACUCAAUGGAUGCUUCCGAGAAGCUGUUGAGAUGUUGCAGGAGAUGCAGCAGUGUGGCAUGAGGCCGAAUGCAAGCACUCUUGUUGGCAUAGUUGGCAUGUGCGGAAGUGCCGGAGACAGGGGUGUUGGUAAUUCACUGCAUGCAUUUGCACUGAAAGGUGGAGCGAUUGAUGAUGAAUCCCUUACAUCUGCAUUAAUCUCAAUGUAUGCUGCAUUUGAUGAUCUUUCCUCAUCUCGACUGGCGUUUGAUCUGCAACCUGUGAAAGAUUUGGUAUCUUUCAAUUCCAUGAUAUCAGCAUACAUGCAGCACAGCAAUUGGAAGGAAGCUUUUGAGGUCUUCAGAUUGAUGCAUUGUGCAGGCGUAGUGCCUAAUCUGGUCACAGUGGUGUCUGUCCUUCCUUCUUGCAGUGAUUUCUUUGGUAUAAAGCAUGGGGAGUCUGUGCAUGGCAUGAUUAUCAAGCUUGGCCUUGCAGAGCAGGUUUCUGUUGUCAGUGCUCUUGUGUCCAUGUAUUCGAAGCUUGGGAAAUUGGACUCAUCGUUGCUCCUUUUCUGUUGUUUUACUGAGAAAAACAAUAUCUUGUGGAACUCUAUGAUUUCUGGAUACCUUGUGAAUAAUGAGUGGAACAUGGCUCUUGAUGCGUUCUGCAAGAUGCAAAUUGCGGGUGUUGCUCCAGAUGCAACAACUGUCAUUAAUAUAAUAUCUGGAUGUAGAUACACAAAAGAUUUGCACGUGGCAAAGUCAAUACAUGCAUAUGCUGUUAGAAAUAGAUUUGAAUCAUACCAGAGCGUUAUGAAUGCACUCCUAGCUAUGUACGCCGACUGUGGAGAUAUACCAACUUCCUAUACAUUAUUCCAGAAUAUGGAAGUGCGGAUGUUGAUAUCUUGGAACACUAUGAUAUCUGGUUUUGCUGAAAUUGGAGGUUCAGAGACUUCUCUAACAUUAUUCUGCCAGAUGUUCCAUGAAGAAGUGCGGUUUGAUCUAGUUACUCUGAUUGGUCUUAUCAGCAGCCUUUCAGUGUCUGAGGAUGCCAUAGUUGGAGAAUCAGUUCAUUCUUUGGCAAUUAAAAGUGGAUGUAUUUCAGAUGUUUCUCUUACUAAUGCCCUCAUUACCAUGUACGCCAACUGUGGUAUUGUUGAAGCAGGUCAGCAACUUUUUGACAGUUGCUGUCCUAGGAAUACAAUCACUUACAAUGCUCUGAUGAGUGGAUAUCGCAAAAACAACGUAUCUGAGAAGAUAUUGCCUUUAUUUACCCAAAUGGUCAAGAAUGACGAGAAACCGAAUCUUGUAACCUUACUGAAUUUAUUACCUGUUUGUCAGAGCCAGUUGCAGGGGAAGUGUAUACACAGCUAUGCAGUACGAAAUUUCACCAGGCUGGAAACACCCCUCUUCACAUCAGCCAUGGGCAUGUAUAGUAGGUUCAACAAUAUAGAAUACUGCAGAACAAUUUUCAGUUUGGUCAGUGCAAGAAACCUUAUAGUAUGGAAUGCCUUCUUAUCUGCAUGUGUUCAAUGCAAGCAGGCUGAUAUGGUAGUUGAUUGUUUUAAGCAUAUGCUCUUCCUUAAUGUCAGACCUGAUGCAGUAACUCUGCUGGCACUCAUCUCAGCAUGUUCACAGCUUGGAAAUGCAGAUUUUGCUGCAUGUAUUAUGGCUGUCAUACUUCAGAAGGGCUUUAGCACGAACAUUUUGGUUCUCAAUGCUCUUAUUGACACAUAUUCGAGGUGCGGAAGCAUAUCAUUUGCAAGGGAGCUCUUUGAUAGCUCAGUGGAGAAAGAUUCAGUCACUUGGGGUGCAAUGAUCAACGCAUACAGUAUGCAUGGGAAUGGUGAGGCUGCCCUUGAUCUUUUCUCAAUGAUGAUAGAUUCAGGAGUGGAUCCAGAUGAUAUAACUUUUGUUAGUAUAUUAUCGGCCUGCGGUCAUAAUGGUCUCGUAGAGCAAGGAAGAACAUUGUUCAAAUCGCUACAGGCAGACCAUGGCAUUACACCACGAAUGGAGCAUUAUGCAUGUAUGGUGGAUCUAUUGGGCCGAACUGGCCACUUGGAUGAAGCAUAUGAUAUUGUUAGGUCAAUGCCAUUCACGCCAUCAGAUAACUUGCUUGAAUCAUUGCUUGGAGCAUGCAGAUUCCAUGGUAACUAUAAAAUUGGCGAGUCUGUAGGAAAAUUACUCAUCAAAUCUGAGUAUGGCAAGUCAAGAUCUUAUGUUAUGCUCUCGAACAUAUAUGCUUCAGCUGGCAAAUGGAGUGAUUGUGAGCAGCUGAGAUUAGACAUGGAAGCAAAAGGAUUGAGAAAAAAUGUGGGGGUCAGGAAGCUGGAGUCGCAGGGCGUGCCCACCAAGCAGGCAGAGGCGAUCACCUCCGCAAUCACGGAGGUCCUCAACGACAGCCUCGAGGCAUCUCCGAGUUCUUUGUCUCCAAGGCUGAGAUGCAGAGAGUGA